UACCAGGGUCGAUGUGGAAGAUGACGACGGCUGGGAUUUUGGAACAGUCAAGGCAGCAGCAAGUCCGCUACCAAAGCCUGCAGCUCCACAAAUGCAAACAUCACCAAGUCAGUACUCUAUCACCCAUCUUAAUGGUGUACCAUCAUCACCCUCUAUGCAGCAGUUACCUCGAACAACGACCAAAGGCCAGUCCAGCCCACAAUCUUCAUCCCCACAUCCUGCGUCAAGGGUCAGUAUGCUUAUGGCUAAAUCGUCAUACACAGACGCCCGGCGCAGCAUAGGCGAAUUUGACGAUACAAGUCAAAAUACAGUCAGAGCCGCCGACAGCUCAGCAAAUAAUCGAGCAUCCAACAGAACUAGUUUGAUACAAAAGGCAAUGAAUUUUAACCCGCUUCCUCAAUUACCAAGUAAAUCUAUGUCAUCCAGAAGUAUUAGCACCAUUGCUUCCGUAAAGACGAAUAAUGGCGAUACCCAGAUUUUGGAAACGAUACUGCCUAUACUUGAUAAGCUCCAAAAGAACUGUAAAAAUCACAAGAGUUUAGCGGCUAUGGAAUCUUUGCAAAAAUCAUUGAUUUCGGUGGAAAGAGAGCUGCCAGGCACUGUAAAAACUUUAUUCCAAGAAGUUUCUCAAUUACUGUAAAAACAAGAAAAAACAAAAAAGAAUGAAUAAAGAAAUGCUUUUUUAUGAGAGAAU